UUUAAUGAAUGGCUUCUUUAUUUGCACCGUUCCCUUCUGAUCUUUCUCAUAUUUGCCAUCUGUCCUCCUGCGGGUUUGAGCUUAUCAUUUUUUGCGAGUAUGUAACCAUAUGAUAGAAGUCACUGGUGUUUUUUUUCUCCACCUCCUUUUCAACACCAUCCCGUUUGCUCAACAUGAAAACAGUGCAAAGUAUUCCAAGGCCAAGCUUGUCCGAAGUAGAUAAACCCGUGCUUUCCCAGGCCACGGCAAACCGCUUCCAUCCUUCCACCCCGAGACACCUCGAGUCCGCAGACAUGAGUCUGGUGUUGUGUGUCGCAGUGCUGCUGUCCGGCUUUCCUCUCGGGAAGACGUUUGUUCUCCAUCCUUCGCCCGAGGCGUCGUCCUCGUCCGCCGUGAAAAACAAGAGAUGCAGAGGAGAACUGGAAAUCAGGAAAAUCCUCCUGGAGUCCCUGAGCCUGCAGCAGGAGCCUCGUGUGUCCGUGUCCCAGAUGAAUCUUCUGCGUCACGCUUUCAAGAACUCCAUCUCGUCCUCUCCAGCAGGUAAUUCAACGUUCCCAGAGGAUUCGGCAAACUCCACCUGCUGCACAUAUUCCUCUCAGGUGUUCAUGAAAGAUUUGGGCUGGGAGCGCUGGGUGGUUUAUCCGGAGAGCGUCACCUUCGUCCAGUGCAGAUCCUGCGGCUCGAGCCUCUGCGCUGAGAGAGUGUCUGCGUCUGCGUCUGCGCAGUGCUGCAAGCCGACGGCUCACAACAUCGUCCCGUUCGUGUACGUGGAUGAAAGGAGUAGUCUGGUUCUGUCCUCGGUGAGCCUGACCCGCGAGUGUGGCUGCGACCCCGGAGACGACCCGCAGGAGUCUGAGGUCAUGACCCCGGCCCAGAGCCUUCCCUGACUCUCUCUCUCACUCACUCACUCACUCACUCGGUUUGAAGGAUUUGCAGGUUUAUGGCUCAGCACAAACUUACAAGCGUCUUUAAUUCUUCACUUGCUGCUGUUGGGAGUCUCAGACUCUUGUGGGCUUUAAGGGUUUAUUGAAAACAAUGUGGACACAUAUAUAUAUAUAUAUAUAGUUUGCAGAAAACACAAGUUCUCAAUCAAAGUCUGUUCAACUGGGUUAUUUACGUUCACAGAGAAGAACAAUGAACCAUCUGUUCCAAAUCAGUUCAAGGCCAAAUGUGUUUUAAACUCCUGCUUUAUGGGUCUGGCAUGAUUUCAGUGGUCAGCGCCUGAUCUUUUAGAAACUUUCCCUCUGCGACUCCCAGGACUAAAUAAACGCUUGCUUCCAAAAUAUCCUUUGUUUGCCCCCGGCUCCUGUGCCAGUUCCCGCCCGGUGUGGCAUCCGCUGGCGUGUCUCUGCGCGCUGGGAAACGUCCCGGUCUCGCAGAUAAGAAUGGAAUGGCAUUCCAGAAUGAACAUCUGCGUCUACAAAAAACAGCUUCAAAGCAGUUUCAUGCAGCUUUUUUCUUCUUUAUAACAUUUUGUUCUUGUUCUUCUCUGUAUAUGUUUCCAUGUUGAACACACCAUUGUACUGGAAAGUAUUAAAACCGUUUCAGAUAAACUAGUGAUGGCUAUUAACUAACGCUUUCGAAUGCAUGUUUAGCGGCCGGUCAUGUAGCAAGAUUAUAUAUACAGUUUAUAUCAAAUGUAUCUGCAGAAUGGUUUAUUAAAAAAGGCUUU